AUGAACAGAAAAUUGUUGAAGUUAAAGGAAACAAAUGUAUCACAAACAAACAAUUUAAUAGAAUCAACAACAGUGCCGUUCCUAUCAUCAGAAGAAUUGCGAUAUACAUUUGGGGUGCAGACCUUCUCUGACGUUCCUCAACACGAAGAAUUAUAUCCGGAAACGGAGUAUUCGAAAGAUGGUCAAUUAAAACUGCUUCGUAUGACUAUUCACGGAAAGCAAAUAAACUUCACGUUACAGCCAACCAUUCAAUUGCUUGUAUCACCGCACCUGAAGACCGUUUUCCGGAAUGCCCAUGGUGGUGGAAAAUUGAAUGUUGGGCUACCACCGGCCAACUGUCAUUAUCAACAUAAAUCAAAGGAAGCGUAUGCAGCUAUCAGCAACUGUGAUGGGAAUCUUAAGGGCAUAAUUGUAAUGCCAGAUGAGGUUUACAUAUUACAUCCAUUACCCGAUCGUCACGCUCAUCGAUUUGAUCAGGAUAACCGGAACGACUUAGAUUCUGGAUUACAUGUAAUUUACAAACGUGAAGUUGCGCAAAAAGAAUUUUGCGGUCUCGAAUCGACAAUUACAUCGACCGAACUCGCCGAGGAUGAAAACGAAGUGAGCGAAGAUGUAUUUGCAGUUGGACAACGUCUCAGUGCUGAAGGCGAACUCAUUGUGGAAUUAGCAAUAUUCGUGGAUGAAAUGUUAUGGAAACUCUUUAAUAGUAAAUACGGCAUCGAUGCAAGUAGUAAACUGCAGGAUUACGCGCUCACAAUGCUUAACAAUAUACAAAUUAUGUACCAUCAACCGAGUGCCAUUCCAAAACUAUCAUUUCAUGUAGUGAGGUUCGAAGUGCUCACCACUCAGCCGAGUGCCAUGGCAGCCCAUUUGCAUAAUAACGGGAAUGCUCAAAAAUAUCUGGACCGAUUUUGCAAAUAUCAACGAAACUUAGGCUCACGUGAUUGGGAUCACGCUUUGAUGCUUACAGGAUACGAUAUCCAUCGUGGUACUGGAUCGCGAUCCAUAAGCGGUAUUGCUCGGUUGGAUGGCAUGUGUGAUCCAUGGAAUACUUGCACUUUAGCGGAAGGACUCGAUUUUACAUCAGCUUUUAUUGGAACCCAUGAGCUUGGCCACAGCGUUGGGAUGCGUCAUGACGAGCCAUAUUGUCCAGCAAAGCAUAUUAUGAGCUCAUCAUUAGGUCCAGGAAAAGUAACUUGGUCACUUUGUAGUUUACGUGACUACCAUGCAUUCUUACAACGUCUCGAUAGUCGCGGUAAGAAUUGUCUACGAGUAUCCAACCUACCACAAAAAUUAACAAUGAGAGCAGAUUUGAAGCCAGGACAAGUUUAUAAUGCUGAUACGCAAUGCCAUAUAAUGCAUGGCCAAGGAUAUCGACAGAUUACUCCACGACAGGACCAUUACGACGGUAUAUGCUAUAUGAUGUGGUGCGGACAGUCAUCAUUCGGCCGAAUAAUUACUUCUCAUCCAGCUCUUGAGGGAACUUUUUGUGGUUCAUCGAAAUGGUGUGAACUUGGUCGAUGUGUGCCAUGGUCUAGAAUUGGCCCUUCUGCAACACCCAAGCGUAUCGAUGGGCAGUGGUCCGACUGGUCUGAAAUUUCUUGUCAAUCGUGCAACUGCGCUGAUGUAGCUGGCAGCAUAGGUAUUUCUACAAGUACUCGGACCUGCAGCAAUCCACCACCCACAAAUGGUGGUGCAGAGUGCGUUGGGUCAACACUGCGUGCGGUUGUAUGCAACCGCCGGUGCGCUUCGUCCAGCAAAUCAGUUGAUAAGCAUAUUAAAGAACACUGCACGGAGCAGAAAAGACUAAAAAAUGAUCCUGAUUUAACCGGGAACGGCACUCAAUUGAUUCGUUACCCUCAACGUGCAUGCAAGAUCUUUUGUGAUGUGAUAAGUCGAUAUGGAUCCCAAAGAAACUAUCGAUUUUUUGGUGAUAUUCUUCCCGACGGUGCUCCAUGUGGCACCAAUAAAUAUUGCCUGGAUGGCGAAUGUCUUCCAUUGUCUUGUGAUAGCAGUGCAUUAAUCACACGUGACAUAUCAUGUCCUAGCGCUAAUGAACGAUGCCCUCAGGGAACUGUAAUGACUAAUACAUUAUCAACUGCUGCUGGAGCUCGGUGGUCAUCCUGGUCAACAUGGUCAUUCUGCUCACAGACAUGUGGUACGGGCUACAGGAAGCGGAUUCGAUCAUGCAGUGGUGGAAAAAAUGAGUGCUCAGGUGCAUCAUCUGAGAAAAGUCAAUGCAGUUUAUCAGCUUGUGGUACCAAUACAGCGUCGGGUCAAGAAGGUAGCUGGAGUGAAUGGACUUCUUGGAACCAAUGCUCCGUUUCAUGUGGUAUCGGAUCACAAGCACGGUAUCGACGGUGCUCCAGUGCGUCACACAAUUCACUUUUCUUCUCAUGUCCAGAGAAUUCGAUGGAAACACGGCAGUGUAAUAUGGGUGCAUGCAAUACAGCUACAGUUGGUUUAUGGGGUAGCUGGACCGAAUGGUCGCAAUGUUCGGUUAGCUGUGGACCGGGAAUACGGAGUCGAAAUCGUUACUGUACCAAAGAACCAUGCGAUGGUUCGGGACAAUCAAGGAUGUCAUGUAAUUUGGGUCCUUGUGAAAUUAGCGUCCGAUGGUUGCAGUGGGAAGCCUGGUCACAGUGCUCCCAGACCUGUGGAAAAGGUGUACGCACGCGGAAGAGAAAGUGUUCAGCUGCAAACGAUUGUUCUGGAAGUAGUCUGGAACGGCAGAACUGCAACGAAAAUCUAUGUAAGGCAAAUGGAACUAUGGCAGUUGGUCAGUGGUCCGGAUGGUCUGAUUGGGGUACUUGUAGUACGACUUGUGGUGGAGGUUUUAAAAGGCGUACCCGAUUGUGUCAACAUGGGACAUGCAAUGGUCCAUCCAAAGAUUCAAUGCCAUGCAUGAUCAAACAUUGCAAGUCAUUUCUUUCUGGAACCACUACUUCUUGGGGAGGCUGGGGUUAUUGGUCGCCGUGUUCUGAAACAUGCGGUAGAGGUGUCCGAAAGCGGGUACGUAAAUGCUACGGUACAACUAGGAAAUGUUCUGGAAAUGAAUAUGAACGAGAAAUAUGCAAUUUACAACGAUGCUGA